UUUGUUUUUUUAACCAAAAAAAAAACCAUCUCUCUCUUCUCUCUCACUCUACACAAAGAGAGUGUAUAUAUAUGUAUAUCUAUCUAUGUAUCUAUCAUGUAUGUAUAUCUCUUUUAACUUAUCCUAUGGAUUCUUUCCUCUAAUAACUUGCAGGUAGCAGAAGAAGACGACCAUUUACAUACAUUCAUUCUAACAUUAACAAUAACAACAAACCGCCAUUGCAGAUCGAUCGAAUCAGCUUCAGUUCACCUUCCAUGGACGACAAACAAACCCUUCCAAUCCAAACAAAAACCUAAACCCUCAAUUUGUUCCCAUUCAUUAUCACCAAAUCCAAAUCCAUUUUUAUUACACGACAAACGAUUAUCCUCCAACAAUGGCCAAAUCCAGACAAACAACAAUCCAUUUACCAAUCAUUUUCACCAUUUCCCUAAUUAAUGUAGCUAUUGUCUUCUUCCUCACUUUUUCCUCAGCCGCCGCCGCCGCCGACGGACUUGCGGCGAACCAGACUUUCCGGCCACGCCAAGAACUUCUAAAGUUGAAGAGGGUUCGAACUUUUUUGAGAAAUGUCAACAAACCCGCUGUCAAGACUAUUCAGAGCCCUGAUGGAGAUUUAAUCGAUUGUGUGGAAUUACAUCUCCAACCUGCCUUUGAUCAUCCUCAUCUUAAGGGACAGCAUCCAUUGAAAGAGUUGCCGAAAAGGCCUAAAGAAACCGGCAAUUUGGCCACGGAGUCGACAUUCGAGACAUUACAGUCAUGGAGAGACGCCGGGGAGACAUGUCCGGAAGGGACAAUUCCGAUAAGAAGAACAACGGAGGGAGAUGUCCUAAGGGUGAAGUCCAUCCGUCGAUUCGGCCGGAAGAUCCGAAGGGGCGUUCGGCGAGACACUGCGGGCAAUGAUCACGAGCACGCUGUAGCUUUUGUUAACGCAGAUCGUUAUUACGGCGCAAAGGCGAGCAUAAACGUAUGGGCCCCCCGCGUAACUGACGCGUACGAGUUUAGCCUCUCUCAAGUUUGGGUCAUUUCCGGAUCGUUCGGAAAUGAUCUCAACACUAUCGAAGCUGGAUGGCAGGUGAGCCCGGAGUUGUACGGUGACAACUAUCCUCGAUUUUUCACUUAUUGGACGAGCGACGCAUAUCAAACGACGGGAUGUUAUAACUUACUAUGCUCGGGUUUUGUCCAAAUCAACAACAAAAUAGCCAUCGGGGCCGCGAUAUCUCCGCGAUCAUCUUAUGCCGGGAGACAGUUCGACAUCGGCAUUACAAUAUGGAAGGACCCGAAGCACGGUCAUUGGUGGUUAGAAUUUGGGCCGGGCCUUCUCAUCGGGUAUUGGCCAUCGUUCUUGUUUAGCCAUCUUCAACACCACGCAAGCAUGAUCCAAUUCGGGGGCGAAAUAGUAAAUACAAGAUCGACAGGGCGACACACAUGGACACAAAUGGGGAGUGGCCAUUUUGCCGAUGAGGGUUUCGGGCGAGCAUCUUAUUUCCGGAAUCUACAAGUCGUGGAUUGGGACAAUAACCUGGUACCGUUGUCUUCGAAUCUACAUCUUUUGGCAGAUCAUCCGAAUUGUUACAACAUUAAGGCUGGUCUGAACCGUGCUUGGGGAAACUAUUUUUAUUACGGAGGGCCCGGAAGAAAUCCUAGAUGUUCAUAGUAGAGGUGUGACAUUUUUUUUUUUUGAAAUUUUCUUGAUUAUAUUGUGUGAGGUUUUGAUGAGAAUGUAUGUUGUAAAUUCAUUUUGAGAAAUUUAUGGUGUGUUUUUGUA